AUGUCGGCCAACGCGAGCUCGCUCUUCCAGUAUCUGGAGCAGCUGAAAGGGACCACGUUUGGACGACUGUACCAGCAGCCCUCCACGACCUUUGCCAUCUUCCGUCGCAUGCUGCCCCAUCUAGCCAAGACGAUAGUGAUGGCCAUCCUCUACAUGCCAACGCCCUUCCUGCUCUCCGACCUCGACAUCUGGAUCAAGCCGACCGCGAAGCGCGACAAGGACCAGGCCAUCUCCAUCCUGCGCUCCCUACACAUCGUCCUCCGCGACGCCUCGCCGACCAUCUCGCUCAACACCAACUUUAAGAACAGCCUGCGACUAGCGCUGGAGGGAGGAGGCGACCACAACUCGUUCGGCGUGCCGUCCACGCAGCCGCCACCCGACGACAUCGACCUCGGUUUUCUCGACCGGUACGCGCGGAAGAAAUGGGACGACAUCCUGCACUUCGUGGUGAACUCGGUGGGGUUCAGCACCUCGGAGAAGGGCUCGAGCGGGCCCAAGCAGUCGGUGAAGGACCUGCUGAUAGGUGGACGACUGGUGGAGCGGAGCGGCGUCACCCACCGCAUCACGCAGGCAGGCUUCACCUUCCUCCUGCAGGAAGCGAACGCGCAGGUCUGGACGCUCCUCCUCCUCUGGCUCGAGGCGGCCGACGUUGCGAGCUCGAGCGGCCGCGGCCUCCUGGGCGGCCUGGAGAGCGUCGACAUGCUCUCGUUCUUCUUCCUGCUGGCGUCGCUCGAGCACGGCCGCGCGUACGAGACCAGCGCCCUGACCGAGGCGCGCAAGAACAUGCUGCCCACCCUCGUCGACUUCGGCCUGGUCUACAUCCCGCCCGCGAACCCGCAGCAGUUCUUCCCGACGCGCCUCGCGACGACCCUGACGAGCUCCGACACCGCCCUCCGCAGCGUGAGCGCCGGCUUCCUAGCCUCGGGCGAGGGAGGGGGCGGCGGUCUGGGCGACUCGGCCGGCGACAAGAGCUCCAUCAUCCUCGAGACCAACUUCCGCAUGUACGCCUACGUGCAGUCACCUUUACAAAUCGCCGUGCUCGCGCUCUUCUCCGAGCUAAAAUUCCGCUUCCGCGGCCUCGUGUCGGGCCACCUGACGCGCGCCUCGAUCCGGCAGGCCGUCGACAUGGGCAUCACGUCGGACCAGAUAAUAUCCUACCUGGCCUCGCACGCGCACAAGCAGAUGCACCGCGUCGCCGCGUCGACCCGAAAGCCGCUCCUACCCCCCGUCGUCGUCGACCAGAUCCGCCUCUGGCAGCUCGACACGGAGCGCAUGCUCGCCACCCCGGGCUUCCUGUUCAAGGAGUUCGACGACUACAAGGAGUACGUCGCGAUCUGUAACUUCGCCGAGGACAUCGGCGUCGUUGUCUGGCGCAACGACAAGAAGUGCAUGUUCUUCGCCAACAAGGUCGAGCAGAUCAAGGGCUUCAUGAAGGACCGUAAAAAGUCCAAUGAGUCUAAAUGA